AUGGUCCUCGCCGAGCACCCCAACCCAAAGGCCCCGGUCCUCUCCCACUUCGACCUCACUGGCAAGGUCGCAAUAGUCACCGGAGGCUGCCGCGGUAUUGGUCUGGAAGCUGCCCGUGGCCUCGCAGAGGCAGGUGCCAACGUAGCCAUCACGUACACGAGCCAGAAGCCUGCGGACGCGGAUGCCGUCGCCGCCUCCCUCGCCAAUGCUACGGGAAGGGUGGUCAAGGCUCUCAAGUGCGACGUGAAGAUCCGGGACGACGUCUUUGCGGCCGUAGACAAGGUCGUGUCCGACUCGGAACUCAGCCCACACGGCAGGCUCCACAUCUGUGUCGCCAACGCCGGCAUGGCCAGCAACACUCCCGCGCUGAACUAUCCAGAGGACCGGUUCAGGGAGAUGCUGGAUGUUAAUUUCCACGGCUCCUUCUGGGCUGCCCAGGCGGCUGCUCAGGUGUUUGAGAAGCAGUAUAGGGCGGACGGUGGCAGCGAGGGUGGCGCUCAGAGCCGGUGUAGCAUCAUCUUCACUGCUUCGGUCUCCGCGAUCCUGGUCAACAUCCCGCAGAAGCAGGCUGCCUACAAUGCCAGCAAGGCAGCCCAGGUACACCUGGCCAAGUCCCUAGCGGUGGAGUGGGCGGAUUUUGCAAGAGUCAACUGCAUAUCUCCUGGUUUUAUUCUGACGGAUAUCCUCAAAGGCGCACCUCAGCAGAUCAUGGACAAAUGGACGAGCAUGGUUCCUGCGGGCAGAAUGGCCCAUGCCGGGGAGCUCAAGGGCUCCUAUGUGUACCUGGCUUCUGAUGCAAGCAGCUACGUGACAGGGUCUAAUCUUGUUGUGGACGGUGGCUACACGCUGCCCUGA